AUGCCAAAUUUUAGAAUGAAUUCUCUUCAAUAUCAACCCCACGAAGAACAACAAAGGGCUACUAAUACUGAAUUUUUGGAUGAAAUUUUAUUAGCAAUUGGCCUUGUUGGGGAACUUAUACACAGUUCAACCGGUGUUAUGUGUUGGAUAUCUACUCAAUCGGAUAAAGCACCCAUUAAAAUGGAGUUUUACAUGUUAUUUGUAUUUAUAACACGAAUUAUGCAAGUUGUAGUACAGUCAGUCUUUAUACUUUUGUCAAGGAGACUGCGCGCGUUGUCUCCCAAAACUCGUAGAGAAAAACCUGGAAAACAAUUUGUUACAUUUUUGCUUAUUUCUAAUGUUUCGUUAUUCUUUUUCCAUACACUUGAAGGAAUGAAAUCUGUUUUUGGCGACACAAUUGCUACGAGACGGGCUAGACCUUAUGCAAAGCUUAUUGUUGCCGUAGCACCAUUAGUUGUUUUCUUUCGCUUCCAUUCAAGUGUUUGCCUGGCCGAAAUAUGGAAAUAUAGCUAUAAUAACAAAAAUACUAAUUUUGAAGACAAAAAUAAAUUUAAAUAUUUUUCUGAAUUAAAAAAGAAUUCAAAUUCAGAUAUUUCAGAUGUCAAUAUUUCUAUUAAAUCGUCAUCUCCCUCAACUUCCUCUUCCUUUUCUUCUUCUGUUUUAUCUUCAAUAUUAAAUUAA